AGGCUACAACUCCAGUGUACUGUGCAGUAGGCCGAUUUGCAAAUUGCACGCAACAUAUCCAAGAAAUUGGAUUGUACUAGACUAAUCAGUGGAUUGAUUCAGGGCCACCACAGUCACCUUUUAUAGUCUACAGGAAUAUUGAUGUGGUUUAAAAAUGUAAAAGUAUGCGAGGGCUUGCUAUGGUGUAUAUGUCGCGUAUCUCUAGCUCCCCUGUAGGCUUGGGUAACCAAAGAGCAUUGAAAUAAAGGGAGCCGUCGAACUAGUCUGGCUACUACUCUCUCCCCGGUACGGAAACCGGUUGCUGUCAGAAUACGGCACAACCUAAUUAUUUAAUUUCAAGGGAGACACAUUUACUUUAAAUUCGGGAGUUCGUAAAGCCUACUACACAGGCGAAGAAGUAGAAAGUUGUGACACGACCAACCUCACAUCAAAGCGGCGCCCGAGAUUAUCGUGAAUUUAUUUGGGUGAUCAGAAUUCAGGUGCUUGGGAUCUGGAGAGUGAGCUGCGUUCAGGAGAUCUAGGUGUUUGAGAGUGUGAGCUGGAAAGUGGGCUGGAAAGUGAGCUGUGUGCAGGCGAUCUACGUGGUUGAGAGUAGUGCAGUAGCUCUGGAAAACAACCAGAAAAAUAGUGUGGGAGGGGGGGGGGAAGAGGGAAAAAGAGCAAGACCAUGGCUCAGAUUAAGCUGCAGAAUGUGGAGGACUACUAUGAGAUUGGAGAGGUGCUUGGCAGUGGUCACUUUGGGCAAGUGCGUGCGGUGCUGGAGCGGGCGUCCAAGGUCAACUGGGCGGGGAAGUUCCUGAAGCUGCGUCGGAGCGCCAGUAGCCGCCUGGGCCUGGAGAGGAAGAGUGUGGAGAGGGAGGUGGAGAUACUGCAGAGCCUGCAGCACGCCAACGUCAUGGCCCUCAGGGAUGUGUUUGAGAGUCGUGCCGAGGUGGUGCUCAUCGUGGAGCUUAUCAGUGGUGGGGAGCUGUUUGAUUUCAUAGCAGAGAAGGAGAGCCUGUCUGAGGAGGAGGCCAUAGAGUUCUUGAAGCAGAUCCUCAUGGGAGUGGGCUUUAUGCACACUAAGAACAUUGCCCACUUUGACCUCAAGCCAGAGAACAUCAUGCUGGCUGACAAGACGAUGCCACACCCCCACAUCAAGAUCAUUGACUUUGGACUGGCCCAUUGCCUCAAACAGGGAGAGGAGUACAGGAGCCUAUCUGGGACCCCACAGUACAUCGCCCCUGAGGUGAUUAACUAUGAACCCCUGAGCGAGGCAGCCGACAUUUGGAGUAUUGGUGUGAUAACCUACAUAUUGUUGAGUGGUUUGUCCCCCUUUCAAGGAGAUAAUGACGAGGAGACACUAAAGAAUAUCGUGGGGAUGAUCUAUGAGUUUGAAGAGAACUAUUUCACCCAGACCAGCGCCAUGGCCAAAGACUUUAUUGAGAAACUGCUGGUCAAAGACCCAAUAGAGAGAAUGACAGCGGAUGAAUGUCUAGUACACCCUUGGAUCAAGCCCCUCACACGCAAACAGGCGGAUAACAGAAGUCGGUCGUCCAUUAACAUGAAAAGCUUCAAGAAGUUCAACGCCAAAAGGAAAUGGAAGAUGUCAUAUAACAUGGUGUGGGCGUGUAACAGAUUAUUUCGCCUGCAGUUGCAGUGUAAAAGCAGGUCCCAGGAGGACCCAGAACUGAGGCAAUGUGAGAGCGACCAGGAGGACACGGAGACCAAGCCUGCUUCUCUCAUUCGCCGCAGACUCAGCAGCAGUUCCUAAAGAAGACCACUGGGGUCACUAACACAGCCUCAGACCACCUCUAUCCAUCCCACCAUGGGGGAAAUGGAGAGAAGCCUUUUGUGAGUGCACCAAUCAACAAUAGUCUGAGUUACAGAAUGACUGACUAUGCCAGUGACAAUACGAGUGACGAACCCAUGAUGUGCAGGUGCCUAAAGCCAGUGUUAGUCCACAGAGUUGAAUCUUAAUGUCUCAGACACCGUUCCUGAUUAAACCACUGUAGUUUACCAAACUGCUUCUGUUACACUUCACCCCCAUUUGACCUAGCAUUUGCCUGUGCCUUUUAUGUAUUUGCCUGUGCCUUUUAAGUUUGACAUGUUUAUUUUCUGAACAUGCCAAAACGUUUGUUUUGGUGCACGGGAUAGAGUUUGUCACACUUAUAGCUAACCUCGAUUGCAAUUAUUAUGCCUUACAAUAUUACGUGGUUAUUAUUUAGCCUCUGCCACAUGUUCUGAUAUUUUUGACUGCUGUAUGCCUAUCAAAAGGUCAAGACUAUUCCAAACUCGUUUUUAUUUGCAUUUGAGACAUUUGCAUUUCAUACAGUUAACUAGAAAAAGUACUUGGUAACUAAAAUGUUAAUUGAGUGUUUCACAUGAAAUUAGGGAACUAUACAAGCCAUACAAUUGGAAAUAGAAGGCCUGUUUUUCUAAUUCUGCCUUUAAGUGGAUACAUUAUUUGUGUCAAAUGUAGAUAUAAGUUUAAACAGAGCUACUGUACUAUACACAGCUAUAGCCGUGUUGGACACUGACAUGUGUAAUGUAGUCUUAGUGUGUAGGGCCCUUAAAAGCCUUAUCAAACUUCAUCUUCGAUAUACUUUAUUGAACAUUUCAACUAUCUUUGGCUUAUGUCAAAGGUCAAUUUUAUAGUUGUUUUUGAAAGGGAAAGCUACUUUAUAACCUUGUGUAGGCUUGUUUUAUUUAUAUAUAUAUAUAAAAUAAUGAGAGUUUAAUACUGACAACAACCAUGUUUUGUGAAUUGUGUGAUGGUGAAUAAGAAAAUGUUAGUCUGUGAUGUUAAAGCUAUUACAGUAUAUACACAUUUGUUACUUUGAAAGCUCACCAUUUUUUAAAGACAGCAAACUACUUGCA